CGGGGGUUGAUCUGGCCACGCCCCGGAGGGCGGGGCAGCGGCGGGGCCGCAGACCUGGGAGCGCUGCGCGGUUUGGCCCCGCUCGGCUACCGUCGGCUGCAGCGGCAUGGACCUGGGGCCGCUGCGGAAGAGCUACCGGAGGGAUGAGGAGGCCUUCGAGGAGCAGCACCUGGCCUCCCGUGACCCGGUCCGGCAGUUCGAGGUCUGGUUCCAGGAGGCUGUGAGCUGCCCGGACAUUGGGGAGGCCAACGCCAUGUGCCUGGCCACCUGCACCAGGGACGGGAAGCCCUCGGCCCGCAUGGUGCUGCUGAAGGGCUUUGGCCCCGAUGGCUUCCGCUUCUUCACCAACUACGAGAGCCGGAAGGGGCAGGAGCUGGACACCAACCCCUUUGCUUCCCUGGUCUUUUACUGGGAGCCCCUCCACCGGCAGGUCCGGAUCGAGGGCUCCGUGAAGCGGCUGCCAGAGGAGGAGUCGGAGAGCUACUUCCAGUCCCGCCCCAAGGGCAGCCAGAUCGGGGCCGUGGUCAGCAGGCAGAGCAGCGUCAUUCCCGACCGGGAGUACCUGAGGAAGAAGAACGCCGAGCUGGAGCAGCAGUACCGGGAGACCAGGGUGCCAAAGCCAGCCUACUGGGGGGGUUACAUCCUGCAGCCAGAGGUGGUGGAGUUCUGGCAGGGCCAAACCAACCGUCUGCACGACCGCAUCGUCUUCCGCCGCCGCCCCCGGGACAGCUCAGCCCCCCCGGGGGACAUGACCCACCCGGGAGAGGGGGACUGGGUCCUCCAACGCCUCGCCCCGUGAGGCCACCACUGCCCCUGGCCACCUUCAGCCAGUCAGCAGCAUUGCCUGUGCCCAACCUGUCCCCCUUGUGCCCCCCACCCCCGACGUUGUGCCCCAGGGAAUCAUAGAUCAUAGAACCAAGCAGGUUGGAAGAGAGCUCCAAGCUCCUCCAGCCCAGCCUAGCACCCAGCCCUGCCCAACCAACCAGACCAUGGCACUGUGCCCCAGCCAGGCUUGGUUUAAACACCUCCAGGGGUGGUGACUCCACCUCCCUGGGCAGCCCAUUCCAGUGCCAAUCACUCUCUCUGCCAACAGCUUCCUCCUCACAUCCAGCCUGACCCUGCCCUGCCACAGCUUCAGCCUGGGUCCCCUUCUGCUGCUGCUGGCUGCCUGGCAGCAGAGCCCAACCCCACCUGGCUACAGCCUCCCUGCAGGCAGCUGCAGACACCAAUGAGCUCUGCCCUGAGCCUCCUCUGCUGCAGGCUGCACCCCCCCAGCUCCCUCAGCUUCUCAUAGGGACUGGCCUGGCUCUGCCCUCCCCUGAGAGCAGGGUGCUGAGCUCUGGAUGUGCUGAUUUGACCCCCCCAAAGCUCCUCAGCCCCUUUUGCCUCUCCCUGGGGUGGGGGAGAGCAGCAGGUGGGUCCCUGAGUCCAUUUGCUUCGUCAUGACCUCCCCCAGUGCUGCUGGUGGCUUAAUUAAUCAUGUUAAUAAUCAUGGAGGGGCCAAGGAAGACCCCAGCGAGGCCUCCCUGCCUGCGUCCUGCUGCUGCCCCCUCUCCCACCCUGGCUUUUAGCCUGAACCAGGCAAUGUGGCUCCCUCUGGGCAGGAACUUCUUCAGCUGUGGCUUUGCCACCACCACUCUGUGCAGCAGUUUCUGUGAGUGCAGCUUUUUUGUCACCACCCUGCCACCAGCCUUCGUGUCCCCACUGCUCGUGUGGGCUCUGGCAGCCCAACCCUGCCAGCCUGCUUGUUUGGAGCUGGAGGGUGGCACAGCACCCCCUGUCCCACCCCUGCAGCUGCCUCUGCCUGCAUGGAUACAAUAAACCCCGAUGGGCACAGUG